UGCCUCGAUGGAGCGGGUUUUAUUAUGAAAUGCUUGACCGGAAGUAUCGCUGUCUUGACGGAGCGGGUGGAAAAGGCGCAGCUAGUAAACAUCACAGAAAUACACAGCGGACAUUACAGCCUGAAAACACACAGUUAUUAAAGCUCCACCUAGGUUCGUAUAACGCCAGUCGGUGUCGUCCGGUCCCCCGUUACCGUCCGUGGUUGUCACGGAGACUGUCGGCGUCUAGAAAACACGAUCGGGGCGUUAGCUGUUAGCCCAGCUAGCUCGCUAGCAGAGCCACCUAGCAGCCGCAGCUAGCUUUAGCAUUAGCACCAGACGACAAAGAUGAUAGCGCUGAUCAACAAACUGCUGGACUGGUUCAAGGCGCUCUUCUGGAAGGAGGAGAUGGAGCUGACCCUGGUGGGGCUGCAGUACUCCGGGAAGACGACCUUCGUCAAUGUGAUAGCGUCCGGUCAGUUCAGUGAAGACAUGAUUCCCACAGUUGGAUUCAACAUGAGGAAGAUCACCAAGGGCAACGUCACCAUCAAGUUGUGGGAUAUCGGAGGUCAGCCUCGGUUCAGAAGCAUGUGGGAGCGUUACUGUCGAGGAGUCAGCGCUAUCGUCUACAUGGUGGACGCAGCAGAUCCAGAGAAGAUCGAAGCCUCCAAGAAUGAACUCCACAACCUGCUGGACAAACCGCAGCUGCAGGGAAUCCCUGUUUUGGUUCUGGGCAAUAAGCGGGACCUACCAGGAGCUCUGGAUGAGAAAGAGCUCAUAGAGAGGAUGAAUCUGUCAGCCAUCCAGGACAGAGAGAUCUGCUGUUACUCCAUCUCCUGCAAGGAGAAAGACAACAUUGACAUCACUCUCCAGUGGUUGAUCCAACACUCCAGGACUAAGAGGAGUUCCUGAGAACAGACGCGCCCCCCCAACAGAACAGGCCACGCCCACUCGAUCAAACCCCUCCCCCCCCCCCCUCCCAAACCUCUGACUAUCCCCCUGUACAUCUACCCCAUCCACAUUAAUAUCAUCCAGCCCCCCUCUACUCUCACCUCUCCACCUUGCGAUGCACUGAUGCCGCUUUUUUGUUUGUUUACAGAGGAAGGCAGAAUCAAUGGUUCCAGAUUAUACAUAUAUUUUCUCCACUGGAACUGUAUUUCUAAAAUUUCUGGAUAAUUUCACCACACCAUAAGGUAGUAUUAUGAUACUACACUACCCAUGAGCCUCAGCAUGAGCUCCGUCUUUUUAUAGGUUUUGUCAAGAACAAAACACUGCACCAUAGUUGAGUCACGUCAUAUCUAUUUAUAGAGCACAUUCAAAAAACAACAGGUGUUGACCAAAGCGCUUUACACAGAAAUUUAAAAUACAGCUGUUUAAUUAAAACAAAAAUAAACAGAUCAAUAACUCUAACAGACAUAAUUCUAACAAAUUGGUCAUUUUUAUUAAAAAUUAAAGAAACUCAAAGGCAACAGUCUUAGGAGACCAGCUUAGGAAUUUAUUUACACAUAAUAGGUCAGUUCACUCAUAUUACAGAACACACCGUCAAUAUUUCACAGUGACGGGGAGAUGGUUAUUUCAACUUAUUGUUUAUUUCUUUUAAUUUGCUUUCAGCAGUUUGCUCACAUGAUCUUACAGAUGCAAUUGCAGAAAUGAGACAGAAAACAACCAAAAAAAAAAACAGAAAACCAAAUUUUUUGAUUGCUGUUUAAAUGUUAAUUUUUCAAUUCUCUGAGCACCACAAACUAAAUUCCAUUCACCUCUGUUGUGAAGCAUUUGAGUCAGAAAUCACAAAACCUGGAUGAAUAAAACCAGAACUAUCUGCACGGAUAGAUGUUACUAGAGGGAAAAGAGGAAAUAUGUUUUUGUAAUUUGGGUAAAAACUUUUAAUGGUACCAGCUGCAGAAAAGUGCUAUCAGUGCAUCUCUACAGAUCCACACAUAUCACCCCCAUCAUAGUCGUUAUUUUUAAAUUGGUGUUUAUGCUAAAAUAAAAGCCUUUUUUUUGUACAUUGAUAUUGACUUUUAAUCAUCACCAUAACUGGAAAAAAAAAGAAGGAAGAACUGAACUUUUUUGCCAUAAAGACACACAGGUAGCAUUGUUAGCUGCUGUGUGGAUCUGUACACUUUCCUGACGUUUUCCCAUCUCCUCCUCCACCCCACCUGUAUCACCUCUUAGCCAGUAAACACAAACUUGCCUUCAUCAUCUCCCCUCUCCUUCCUUGCUCCCUCCAUUUUUCCCUUUCUACCUCCGCAUCUUCCAUCCAUCCAUUCAUACCUUCAUAAUUUCAUAAUCCUGAGAAGCCCCUCUUCCUCCCUCGUCUGUUGUAAACUGCUUGUCCUCCUCUGUAUUCCCUCUAUCCUUCCUUUUUCUUUUAUUAUUUUUGGAUGUUACCUUCUUUCUCUUCUUUCCUUGCCGCCAAGCCCCGCCCCUUGCCGUCUCUCUCUCUCUCUCUCUAUCUCUCUCCCUCUCUCUCCUGCUGAGCGAGGGAUAAAAAAACCUUUUUAUUGCACUGUUGAUUUUGGUUUUGUAAGAUAUUAAUAAUGAGAAUAAUGUUAAUAAUCUUCUUAUUGUGGCAUAACCUGGUCUGUCCAGAUUUAAGAAAGUGGUACUUUAACUGGAGAAGGAGAAAUGUUAUUGUUUCUGUUCAUAUCUCUGUAAUAAGCUUUUUAUUUCUUAUUUGUUUUAUAUUAUUAUUUUUUAAUGUUGUUUUUUGACUUCAUAAGUCUACUCUGGAUGUUUAACCAGAGUUCAGUGUUUUCUGGUCUGACACGUCUGCUGAUUGGACCAGGAGUGUCACGUGAUCACAUGCUACAUUCACAUCAUGUCAGACAAAAUAGAGAAAUGAAAUCAUCAUUUUUAAUUUAAAGUCUACCACAUCUUUCAAGCAGAUAAGAUUUACUUAAUCGCGUAUUGAUAUUUAUGCAAAUAGAACCGCUGACUAAGAGGUUUUCAUCCAUCUAUUGUAAUGUUGACACAUUUCCAUGAUUCAUCGUUCAUUCACCACUUGACGAGGUGCUUCAACGGUGAAAUACAUUUUAGGAUUUUGUUUUUCAUUCUCAUGUGAAAACAAACUCUGUCAUGUAAGUGUCACAAAAAAUAAUGUAAUAGGUUUAACAAAGAAAAAUUGUCCUUUUUGGCCUUCCGUACUUGCUCGCAGAAAAUGUCCACAUCCUGUUUUUAAUUAACAUGAGGUGGCAGCAAAAUAUGGAAGUUUGUGGCUUAUAGUAGUGAAAUUAAAUAAUUUAAUCAAAUUGAAAUUUUAAUUCAUUUAUUUAUGUAAUUUAUGUUAAAUAAGCAGUUGCAUAGUUGGUUCAAGUUUACUAUCAGCUUAUGGUGAAUGUGAAGGAAUAUGUUUUAAGUGGCGUUAAUGGUAGCAACAAAUAUUCAGGCAUUUAAAUCUUAAACUAGUGAGUGAUCUGAUGUAAAUCACGACAUCAACCACAACAAAUCAGAGAAGGUAUUAAAAGCAUGUUUUGACAGA